ACAAUCAUAAUAAGAUAGUCACACCAACAAAAACAUUUUCAUUCCAAUCCUAUUUCAUAAUUUUAGUACUUCUCAAUGACUCCAUCUUAAAGUCAGUACUAGAACUCGAUUUAAUAAAACACAGUAAAACCAGAACAAAUCUGACAACAACAACAACUAGUUUCCGAGUUUUUGGCGGAAAUUUGAUCUCAGGCAUACAUGAGCAAAUAUUACUGGAUUUUUUUUACAAUAUGUUUUCAUUUCAUUGCAUACAAGGGUAACUGUAAAUCUGAUAUUCCGCUUGGGUAUAAGGUCACAAUUCCAAUACCAUCAGAUAAUAACGCGGGUUUUACAGGAAGAGCUUUCCUAAUGGAGCCUGAGCAAAUAACAGUACCUAGUUUUAAGGUUGCAUUGAGUGUUGAAGCUUCUUUUAAUGGUAGUUUUUCGUGUUCACUUCAGAUUUUUCUUGGAGAGUUCAAAGUUUGGGAUUCUGGUCAUGCUUCAAAAUUUUAUCCGCAGAAUAAAUGCAUGUUGGAGUUUACAGAAGGUGGAGUGUUGUUGUUGAGGGGUUCAGAGCGACAAAUUGGAUGGACUAGUGGGACUUCCGGGCAAGGCGUAGAGCUUUUGCAGAGAUUACAGUUGCUGCGUAUAGGCAAUCUUGUUCUACUGGAUGCGAUGGACCGUAUAAAAUGGCAGAGUUUUGAGUUCCCGACGAACGUAAUUCUCUGGGGUCAAGAAUUCAACUUCUCGACUCGACUGACUUCUUCUGUCUCUGGCAACUCAACUAUGUUCUACUCUUUUGAGAUUCAGAACAACAGGAUAGGAUUGUAUUUGAACUCAGGUAAAUUCAAGUAUUCUUAUUGGGAAUUCAGUCCUACAGAAGGCAGAAAUAUCGUAUCUGCCGAAUUGGGUUCAACAGGACUAAAGCUUUUCGACCAAAACCAUCGUAAAUUUGCACAGAUUUCAUCAAGAAAACAAAAACUUGUGAGAUUUCUAGCAUUGUCUGAAACAAAUGGGAAUCUUGGAUUGUAUCAUUAUUCACUUCAAAAGAGAAAAUUUGAAGCUUCCUUUAAAGCUAUGAAUGAAAUAUGUGAUUUCCCUGUAGCCUGUGGACCUUACAGUAUAUGUACUCUGUCCAAUACUUGCACAUGCAUCCAGUUUUCUGAGAAGUCCAACAUAAAGCAAUCUGAUUGCAAUGUGGGAUUUUCCGGUGAGUUCUGUGGCAAAACUGAACCGGUCGAGAUGAUUGAGAUAAAAGGUGUUGGAAGUAUCCUGAAAAGCCCUCAAAUUUUUAAUGUCAGAAAAGAAGUUUGCCUGAGUAUGUGCAUUGAUGAUUGUGCCUGUGUUGCUCUGCUUUACUCCGAUAAGGGAGUUUAUGCCGGAGAUGCUCGUCAGAGGUGUGUUCAUUAUGGUUUGGCCAGGGGUUUAAAACAAAUGGAAGAAGAAGAGGUGACUGUAAAUAUGUUGAGUUACUGGGCUAAGGUUCCCAAGGGAAUUGUUGGGGCCGAGGGUAAAAUCUCAGUUUUAAAGAGAUGGCUUCUGAUCAUGGGAGGGGUAGUUGAUGUAUUGAUCAUUCUUCUAGUUAUGGGAGGGUCUGGGUAUUAUUAUCUUGUAAUUAGGAAGCGAAGGACAAGAAAUGAAAAUCCGGACACAUGAAUUUUUACCAAAAAAUCAGUAAAUUUGU